CUGGGAGCACUGGGGCGGGGCUGCUGGGAGCACUGGGGCGGGGCGACUGGGAGCAGUGGGGCGGGGUUACUGGGAGCACUGGGGCGGGGUUACUGGGAGCACUGGUCCCCUGACGGUGUCCCCGCGCUGUCCCCAGCUGGGCCGGCGCAUGGCGGAGCUGCCGGUGGAGCCCAUGCUGGCCAAGAUGAUCCUGGCCUCGGAGCAGUACGGGUGCACGGAGGAGGUGCUGACGGUGGCGGCCAUGCUGUCGGUGAACAACGCCGUCUUCUACCGGCCCAAGGACAAGGUGCUGCACGCCGACAGCGCCCGCGUCGGCUUCCACGUGCCCGGCGGGGACCACCUGGUGCUGCUCAACGUCUACAACCAGGCACGGGGGGGCCGGGGGGGGGCUUGGGGACAUUUGGGGGACAUUUGGGGGACGCUUUGGGGAUGCUUUGGGGACGCUUUGGGGAUGCUUUGGGGAUGCUUUGGGGACGUUUGGGGACA